AUGUUGCCCCUGAAGGAGAAAGAUAGACCAAUAGUGAAGAAGCUGCUGGAAGCUGGAUGCUGCGCCCGCUGUGUCCUGAGGUUCUGCUGCUUGGGGGUGCAGUCGGCCUACCGCCAAUCUUAUGAGGUCAGCGCUCUUGCUACGUUAGAUUGUCUUUCCACUUAAAGCAGGGACAGACAUUUCAGAGAUACAAGUGCGAAGACAAUUAAGUAGCUCCAACAUUCUUCUUUGUAUGUAGCCUCAGGCUCAGGCUUCACGUGAAAGAUGCUACUUUGUAGGCAACCUAUGUAUUCUCCUUUAGAAGAAUUGUGACCAUGAUCUAACUUGCUGUCAUAUAUUGGGUGAACUGAACUGCUGGCAGACAUUUUAAUAUAUUUUUUGUUGCUGAAUAAUGUGUUUCUGUUUCUCAUGCUCAGGAUACAGCAAAGGCGCUUUGUGCUUUCAUCAGUGAUUCAGAGAAUAAUGAAUCCCAAGAUGCAGCCGUGCUGGAGCAGCACACAGAAGACCCCCCUAGUAAAAAAAGGAAGAUGGAUGCCGCGGAGACGUAUGUCCAGUCAGAAGGCGACUCUGCCGUGGUUCCCACGGUGAUGGAGGAAGGCGAUGCCAAGCCAGCGGACUCGGACGUGUGUGUGGCGUGCCUGGGAGUUCUACAGGAGUUAUGUGAUAAAGCCUAUGCCAUAAAGGUGUGUUUGGUCACUAUUAAUCCUAUUGCAUUAGGAGCCACUUUUGUUUUACAUGAUACCUAUGACUAAGUAUGUCUUUAGGUGCGUCCCAAAUUACACCCUAUUCUCUAUAUAGUGCUGUACUUUUGACCAGAGCGGGCCCUGGUCAAAAGUAGUGCACUAUAUAGAGCAGGGUUCUUCAAUUCCGGUCCUGGAGGGCCGAAACACCUCUGUUUUUCAUCCUCUCCUUCUAAUCAGGGGCUAAUUCAGACCUGGGACACCAGGUGAGUGCAAUUAACUACCAGGUAGAAAUAAAAAACAGAAGUGUUUCGGCCCUCCAGGACCGGAAUUGAAGAACCCUGAUAUAGAGAAUAGGAGACCAUUUAGGACACAACCUUGAAGAUUAAAAUGAAAUGAAAGACCUUAGUACCUGCCUAGUGAUCAAAUACCCCAUCAUUAAUCAAUGCUCCAGUCUACCAGAAUCUGCCUCAAAUACCACAGUUUGAGGCCUAGGAGGACAGAACCAACACUGGAAUUUUGGGGGGAUUCAUGACGCUGUUUUUGUGUGUGUGUGUGUGUGUAGAUAUCGGAGGUGGUGAAGGCCGAAAACUACCAGUUUGACACGAUGGUACUGUCCGUCUCCCUACCGGCCCAGCUGUCUGUCAGAGAGGUCAGUGGUUACAUUGUAGGCCUUGGCUGAUAACUGAUGUCAUGCAAUUGUCUACCUAUCAGCUUACAGUAUAUUCAAAUGGUUUGUCUCAAAACAACUUCCAUUUAAUAGAAAAGUAUGAUUAUUUCAACCUCAGUAGAUUCUGUCAUAGCCACACAGUCAGUAUAGCCUGGACACCAGUCGUUCUACACAGUGUGAUGUGUGGCAGUGCGAGACUACUAUACAGUCAAUAAUGCAGUAUCAUGUACCUGGGUUGGCCAUUAGAGGGCGUAGUACCUCAUAGUUAGUGGUACUGCUUCUGUCUAGACUAGAGUAGACUAAAGUGCAAUUGCAAGAGCCAUUGUUUCUACAGAUGUGGCACUCCCAUUAGGGUGUGCAUGAUGGAUGCUUGUAAACAGACCAGCGGUUACUCAGGAUGUUUCUGAACAUGUGCCCUCCUCUCUCUCUCUGCCACACUCCUACAGCACUCUUGUUGGCUGCAUGUAAAGAAGGAAGUGAGGUAAGUUCACUACACCAGAGUGGCAUCCAUCUAUCUAGCCUAAUUUCUUUCCAUUAAAUAAAUCAUUCUAAUCCCAAAGUAUCAUGACAUCACUACAACACAUUGAAAUAUUAGUGUUCAAUACUAUAUUAUGCCCACACAUCUUUCACGUUACCUUUUAUAACGUCAUGUCAUGUCUUAACCCAGAAGAGUCUAAGGCGGGGGAGGGGAGGGUGGGGUUCUACUAAGCUAUAUGGAAUUGUUUUAAGAAGGUCAUACCAAGGAUCAUUUAGCUAUUUGAUUUGGAAUUUUAAGACCCCUUGAAGUAUCCCACAAAUAUAUAAAACACAUUAUUUUAUGAAAAAUGUUAUUUGGCCUUACUGCUAUUAGCCCAUACAAACGCAUUGAAUAACAGAUUCACUACAUGGAACAACAGAUAGUCCCCCCCCAAAACAAUCGAAAGGAAGUUUGUUCUGAAGUGUCUGUCCAAUAUCUGAGAGAUAUAAGAAAGAUCAGAAAACAUGUAUUUGUUUAGUUAUUUUUGGCACUAAUUAGUCUCCAUAUAUACUGCCACUAAUUCUCUCAACUUGUACAGGGACCUUCAGACAAGUCUUGUGAGGCCUGUGGACGUCCAAGAGCAAAACAACAGACAUACAGUGGGGAGAACAAGUAUUUGAUACACUGCCGAUUUUGCAGGUUUUCCUACUUACAAAGCAUGUAGAGGUCUGUAAUUUUUAUCAUAGGUACACUUCAACUGUGAGAGAUGGAAUCUAAAACAAAAAUCCAGAAAAUCACAUUGUAUGAUUUUUAAGUAAUUAAUUUGCAUUUUAUUGCAUGACAUAAGUAUUUGAUACAUCAGAAAAGCAGAACUUAAUAUUUGGUACAGAAACCUUUGUUUGCAAUUACAGAGAUCAUAUGUUUCCUGUAGGUCUUGACUAGGUUUGCACACACUGCAGCAGGGAUUUUGGCCCAAUCCUCCAUACAGACCUUCUCCAGAUCCUUCAGGUUUCGGGGCUGUCGCUGGACAAUACGGACUUUCAGCUCCCUCCAAAGAUUUUCUAUUGGGUUCAGGUCUGGAGACUGGCUAGGCCACUCCAGGACCUUGAGAUGCUUCUUACGGAGCCACUCCUUAGUUGCCCUGGCUGUGUGUUUCAGGUCGUUGUAAUGCUGGAAGACCCAGCCACGACCCAUCUUCAAUGCUCUUACUGAGGGAAGGAGGUUGUUGGCCAAGAUCUCACGAUACAUGGCCCCAUCCAUCGUCCCCUCAAUACGGUGCAGUCGUCCUGUCCCUUUUGCAGAAAAGCAUCCCCAAAGAAUGAUGUUUCCACCUCCAUGCUUCACGGUUGGGAUGGUGUUCUUGGGGUUGUACUCUUCCUUCUUCUUCCUCCAAACAUGGCGAGUGGAGUUUAGACGAAAAAGCUCUAUUUUUGUCUCAUCAGACCACAUGACCUUCUCCCAUUCCUCCUCUGGAUCAUCCAGAUGGUCAUUGGCAAACUUCAGAUGGGCCUGGACAUGCGCUGGCUUGAGCAGGGGGACCUUGCGUGCGCUGCAGGAUUUUAAUCCAUGACGGCGUAGUGUGUUACUAAUGGUUUUCUUUGAGACUGUGGUCCCAGCUCUCUUCAGGUCAUUGACCAGGUCCUGCCGUGUAGUUCUGGGCUGAUCCCUCACCUUCCUCAUGAUCAUUGAUGCCCCACGAGGUGAGAUCUUGCAUGGAGCCCCAGACCGAGGGUGAUUGACCGUCAUCUUGAACUUCUUCCAUUUUCUAAUAAUUGCGCCAACAGUUGUUGCCUUCUCACCAAGCUGCUUGCCUAUUGUCCUGUAGCCCAUCCCAGCCUUGUGCAGGUCUACAAUUUUAUCCCGAUGUCCUUACACAGCUCUCUGGUCUUGGCCAUUGUGGAGAGGUUGGAGUCUGUUUGAUUGAGCGUGUGGACAGGUGUCUUUUAUAAAGGUAACGAGUUCAAACAGGUGCAGUUAAUACAGGUAAUGAGUGGAGAACAGGAGGGCUUCUUAAAGAAAAGCUAACAGGUCUGUGAGAGCCGGAAUUCUUACUGGUUGGUAGGUGAUCAAAUACUUAUGUCAUGCAAUAAAAUGCAAAUUAAUUUCUUAAAAAUCAUACAAUGUGGUUUUCUGGAUUUUUGUUUUAGAUUCCGUCUCUCACAGUUGAAGUGUACCUAUGAUAAAAAUUACAGACCUCUACAUGCUUUGUAAGUAGGAAAACCUGCAAAAUCGGCAGUGUAUCAAAUACUUGUUCUCCCCACUGUAUGUGUGUUCGUGAGAGUCUCGCCCAAAUUAGUGUAGCCCAAACUACAGACAGAAGUUGGCAGAUCUGCUGUACCGACUUCAGACGAGUCCCAAGACGCUUGUGGGGGGGAUGGUGUUUGUGAGAGUCUCAUCUUUCCAUAGAGUAAUAAACCGUUCGGACGCUACAGACGAUUUUGUGAGAAGACCGAAGUCUCAUGGUCUGACAAACACCGCUCUAGUUAUGUCACCUUAUGUUGUUGAUCGAGACGCAUCCAAUGCAAAAAAAAACAGAAUAUCUAGCAUGAACUGACAGAUUUUUAUGGGGAUGUUUGUAUUAUGCUAAUUUGAUUUCCGCUGGGCACGGACAUCGACCUUAGGGUUUUUUAAUACUUUAAUUAAUUACGUUGAAUUUGUUACCAAACAGGGAGAAGUCUAUGUGCCUCGAUAAGGAUGAUGUCAUCCAGGUGAAGGAGGCCUUCAAGUGGACAAUGCAGGGUCUGGUGUCCAAAGAGCUGGGGGGAGUACCUGUGGUGACCAAGGUCAGUGACCCAUGACCCGGAAGUAGCCAUACAGUAGCCUCACUUGCUGAUGGGUCAGACACCACUGUUGAAAAAUACUUGUCAUACAGUUACUGUAUAAUGAACUACCUAUAGCAAUAACCUGUAAUAAGCUAGCCUGGUACCCAGAUCUGUUUGUUGGCCUUGUCAAGUCAAUUGCUAUCAUUGACAAUAAAAACAUGACCGGAGUUGACAUGGCGGCACAAACAGAAUUGCACUCAGGCUAGUAAUGUGAUAAGUGUUCUCUUAGUAAACUUACCCUGGUAAAAUAAAGGCAAAUAGAUCAAAUGUAAGUGACAAAAUUAUAUUAAUUCCUGAAAAAGUAUUUUAUUCUUCAUUUUCUUUGCUGAAGUUCAUUCCUAUUUUAUUUUCCUCUUUAUCUCACAGAUCAGUCGACAAACUGAACAGUUUGAGGUGGGCGUGGGGUUCACACACCCAGAGACAGACUCAGACUGCCACUUCCUGUAAGUCCUCCAAUCACACUCCUCCUCAGGGAAUAGAUAAGAUGAAUAGAUUGAUAGACAGCCAGAUGGAUGGAGGGAUGGAUGGACGGACGGUAGGAAGGACUGAUUGACUUACAGAUUGAUAGAUAGAUUUGAUAGGUGCUAUGGCAUGGAGUACCAGCAAAAUACAUGUCAUAUUGAAUGUAAUGUAGCAUUUUUAUGAAACUACAUACUACUUCCCUACUUUAUUCUUGCAUUCAGGGCUGGCAUCUGUUCAGACUGCUUCAGACCAACUAAGAACAAACAGGUGAGUGAAAAAGUUAAUUGGAGCCAUGUCACUUAACAUUUGAGCAACAUGUGUUGUUGGUACAAUGGUUUUGAUCAUUUCCGUAAAUGUUUUAGUCCAAUUGCUUUUUUGUUAACAAUGGUGACAUGCUGCUCAUUCUUUGUCUUUCUAUAUCUCUCUGUGUUACUUGUCUUUUCUCUGAUCUCUAGUUUAUUGUCUCACAACAGAAUAUCUUCACUAGAAUGGCCGUGGUCAAAGCCCUCGAGAAGGUUUCCGAUGAGAAGUUUCUAAAGUAA